AAGCAUCUGUCUCUACGUGCUGUUGGGUUUGGGGAAUCGCAUCGAUCAGCUCGAUGGGCAGUACUAGACGUCGUGAUAGUGAUAUUCCAGCUCCAAGUAACCCCGAUUCGACUUGUACGACCGUUCGAUGGACGGUGGCGUGCAUUUUAGUGACGUGUGCAGUGUUGGUGUUGAUACUACCCUGGCCGCUUCCUUACGAACAGUCGAUCGAGGAUAUCAUGCAGGAACGAGCUAGCCACCUUCACGAACAGUGCGAAACCAUCCCCACGUUGGGGAACUUCUCGCUUCCUGCUCCAAGGACGGACAAUCCUAACCAUCCUUAUUACAACUACUUCCUUGAGCCACGCCAUCGGCUGCUGUGGUGCGCGAUCAGCAAAGUAGCCUCCACCAGCUGGAUGUACCAGCUGAACCGAUGGGCGGAUGUGCCUCAGGAAAAGAUCGCCUUCUACGCGAGAGACCUGAAAGCGCUCACACGCCUUUACUACCCAACACCGACCCGUGCCGACGUGGAACAGAUUAAGCGGGACGUAGAAACACCUGUGGUUCGAUUUCUUCUGGUGCGUGAUCCAUUCGAUCGAUUCGUCAGCGCGUACGAAGAUCUGAUCGUUCGACCCCAGAGUGACAAUUAUCGCAACCUGCGCCGGUUCAUCUUCCGCGAGGUGUACGGUGUUGAUGUGCCCGUCGCUGUCGUACAGAACGCCACCAGCCCAGCACCGAGCUUCAGCGAUUUCACCGAGUUCGUACUGCGCCGGAAAAACGUGCGAGAUCCCCACUGGGAGAGCUACUACAAUCUGUGCGAUCCGUGCUUUCUCCAACCGACCGUUAUCGUGAAGCUGGAAACGUACGAUCGCGAUGUCGCCCAUUUGCUGCAGCUGCUCAAUCACACCACCACUGGGACUGGGCGUUACGAUAACGCUCGCUUGAAUGUGAAUCACCACCGGACGGCGAAUAAUGACGCAUCGAUGGGUCGGAGUAAAUCCACGCUCGAUCGGUUGGCGGAAUUGACGGGGGAUCAGUUCGAGCGGUUGUACCACCGUUACGAGCUGGAUUUUCGGUUGUUCCAGUACGACGCGAGUCAGUAUUUUGCUCUCUUUCGGGAGGACUGAGCAAAAAUGUGAGCGAUUGAAGGCUAAUCCAGCUUAAAUAAGCUUUAAU